GAUCGCUCGCAUCGCCGUGCGAAGCGAGAGGGGAGAGAAAGAGAACGAAUGAGAGGAAGAGAGUGAGAGAGAGAGAAAGGAAGGAGUGCUCGAAUGUGGCGUGUAUAUACGCGCGCAAAAGGGAGCGAAAAAAAAAAGAAAGAUCAAAAUAAUACGAGGGAAAGGCGCAUCUCGGGGAAGAAAGAAGAGGAAUAGAGAGAGCGUAGGAGAAAGAAAAGAGAGGAGAGUGAACUAUGUUACCAGUCGUCGUCGCCGUCGUGCCGCUCGGUCUCGCCUGAACAAAGGAAGGUUCUUCUCCCUCGACUCUCCGCGUCGAGGGUCGUUUCCGAUCGACGAACCGUCGGGAUCCUUCCUCGGGUGUCUUCGGUGUGGUUCGUGUGCCUUGAGCAAGCACGAAGCGGUCAGUCACGUAGCAGCGGCCGUGCCGUGAGGAACAAAGGACGGCGGCAGGAUUUGUGUGAGAAAAAGAGAGAGACAGUGAGGUGAACAACGAACGUUACGGCGUCGCGCACGUUACUUUCGGCAACAUUAUUCACAUUCGCGAUCGAGAAGCUGGCAGUGUGUAGACACAAUCGGUCGUGAUUUCCCCAAUCUGAGAAUCCUUGCUUUACCAAACAAUCGCGAGCCGCACAGAGCCGGUGCUCUGAAAAAAAAAGAAAGAGGAAAGAGAGAGAGAGACGCGCUGUAAAGUUUGCGACAGAAAAAGAGACUCGCGAGAUCCGACGCAUCGCGAAAUUCAUCGACCUGUGCACCGUGCGUUGUUUUUUGCUUUUUUUAUACUUUUCUAUCCUGACGAUUACCCAGUGCAACGAUCCCAGAGUAAGAGGAAGAGAGAGAGAGAAAGAGAGAGAGAGAGAGAGUGAGAAAGGAUAACGAAAGGAAGGAAAGCUACUACCUGCCUGUAGGGAUUCCGCAUGAAGGACGCGAAUUGUGAGAAAGAGAAAUAGAGAGGGCUGAUAUAUAACGGCCGUGCGAGAAAGCAGUGGAGUGAUAAAGAUAUCCGGAUUUUCGGGCGGUAUACUGCGUACCUGCGAACGAACCGGCGACCUAGCCUAACGACAACGACGGUGGAGAAGCGCGCGCGAAAGAGAAAGAAUCUCGUCGUGCAAGAGGAAGAGAAGAAAAGGACGGAGACGAGAGGACGAAAGUGAAAAGUAAACGGUCGAUCUCUCCUUCGAAUUCUUCGUCGUUUAUUUAACGACAUCGUUGGUUUUCGUGUGAUAUGUGCCACAAAGUGCACUACGACUGAAAAGGGAUCAUCGGCAAAGCAGAACAUUAUUCAACAUCACACGGAUUAUCCUCGUAUUUACGGGAUGCCGGUUGACUGAAGAUGGCCUCGCCGACACCCUCGCUGGAAUCGCGCGCGAAUUCCCUCGGGUCCCCGGUCUCGCUGUCCCCGGUAACGGUGAGCGGCAGUUCGCCGCCUGCUAGCGACUCGGCGAUCUGCGACGUCGACAGCUGCGACUUGUGCCUCGACGCGCCGAAGCCGGGCGAGGAUCCGUGUCCACGCUGUCGGCUGGGUAGCACCAGCGGCACCGGCGGUCGCACCCGCUGCACUGGCUGCAAGUCCACGGCCGAAGCCGGCGCUGUGGCGCGUUGCUACGACUGCGAGAAUUUCCUCUGUCCGAACUGCGUGAUGGCGCAUCAAUUCAUGCACUGCUUCGAGGGUCACCGGGUGUUGAACCUGGGCGACUCCAAGUUGGAGACCGUCGGCACCGGUGGCGGCGGCGGCGGCGGCGGCGGUGGUGGCGGUGGUGGUGGUAGCACCACGAUCACCGCGACGACGGAACUAUCGAAGAAUGCAUGCAACGGCAGCAGCGGCGGCGGUAGCGGAGGUAACAAUUUGGUGAUCAACGGCGGCGGCAACACCAACACAGGCGGUAACGGCGAAAAAGUACACUUCUGCUCGCGGCACAAGCAGGAGAUACUCAAGUAUUUCUGUCGCACUUGCACCGUACCGAUCUGCAAAGAGUGCACGUUGACGGAGCAUACGGCGCCUCUGCACGAGUGCGUGCAUAUUUCGGAGGCGGGCACGCAGCAAUUGGAGGCGUUAUCGCGCACCAUCCAGGAGUGCCGCGCGAAAGCGGCGGACGCGCGCGCGACCGUCAAGGCGGCGGAGCACAGCGCGGCAGUGCUGCAGGUGCAGUACCACAAGGCGCAGAACGAGAUCAACGACACCUUCCAAUUUUAUCGGUCGAUGCUGGACGAGCGUAAGCAAGAGCUGCUGAAGGAACUCGAAUCGGUAUUCUCGUCGAAGCAGAUUUCCCUGAGCGUGCUCGGACAGCGAGCCACCGAGUCAGCGGACAAGAUAAUGCAGACCUGCGACUUUGUCGAACGAGUGACCAAAGUCACCACCAUCACCGACUUUCUCAUGGUCAAGAAGAUUCUUGAAUCCAAAUUGCAAUCAUUGCUCACCUGUUCACCGAACGCGGACAUAGCAAAUCAGACCGCGGACCUCGAGUUCGUCAGCAAUUACCAGGCCAUUCAGGUCGGCGUGAGGAACACAUUCGGUUAUGUGCGUAGCAACAGUAACAGCGAAAACAGCACCGGCUCGAUCGGCAAGCAGCCGCCGAUCGCGCGACCCACCGCGCUAUCGAGCAACGGCAUCGGCAGCAGCGGCGGCGGCGGCGGCGGCAAUAUCAGCAACGGGCCGGGAAGCGGCGCGAGUGCUCUGGGUGGUCUACUUCUCGAUCGCCAGUCUUACAGCAAUGGCCUGAUCUCUUCCAGUAUGAACUGCGGCUCGUCAUCGUCGCCGUCCUCGAUCGAUACUAUCAGCACCGUGAUCUCGAAACGCUUCAGCUCGGCCAACAGUCUGGGUCCGUUUUCCACGACGAUCAGCGACGUGAAUCUGAACGGCAUGAACGCCAAUCCGUAUGAGAAAUGGAGCAACGGUGGAAAUGACACUUACCCGGUCGUGACGACGAAUGAUCAUUUCGCGAUGCCGUCAGCGGUGGCUGUGGCGGCGAACGCUGCCCCCGGCGAAUCCGUCCUCGAUCUAACGUCGAAACUGAUGUCCGCCACUGCGAUAUUCCCGCCUAAAUCGCAGAUAAAACGGCAGAAGAUGAUCUAUCACUGUAAGUUCGGCGAAUUCGGCGUUAUGGAGGGACAAUUCACGGAGCCGUCGGGCGUUGCAGUGAACGCGCAGAACGACAUCAUUGUCGCCGAUACAAAUAACCAUCGCAUUCAAAUCUUCGACAAAGAGGGCAGGUUUAAGUUCCAGUUUGGUGAAUGCGGUAAGCGUGAUGGUCAAUUGCUAUAUCCGAAUCGAGUAGCCGUCGUGAAAACAUCUGGUGAUAUCAUUGUUACCGAGCGCUCACCUACUCAUCAGAUACAAAUCUACAACCAGUACGGCCAAUUCGUACGCAAAUUCGGCGCCAACAUCCUGCAACACCCGCGUGGCGUCACCGUUGAUUCCAAAGGACGAAUCGUCGUGGUGGAGUGCAAAGUAAUGCGCGUCAUCAUUUUUGACCAGACCGGCAACGUACUGCAGAAAUUUGGCUGCUCGAAGCAUCUCGAGUUUCCGAAUGGCGUGGUAGUGAACGACAAACAGGAGAUCUUCAUCAGCGACAACCGCGCGCACUGCGUCAAGGUUUUCAAUUACGAGGGCGCUUAUCUGCGACAGAUCGGCGGCGAGGGCAUCACCAAUUAUCCGAUCGGCGUGGGCAUCAACACCCAUGGCGAGAUACUGAUAGCGGACAAUCACAACAACUUCAACCUGACCAUCUUCACGCAGGAGGGCCAAUUGGUUUCCGCCCUCGAGAGCAAAGUAAAGCACGCGCAGUGCUUCGACGUGGCGCUGAUGGACGACGGCUCGGUCGUGCUCGCCAGCAAGGACUAUCGUCUGUACAUAUACCGCUACGUGCAAGUACCGCCGAUCGGCAUGUAGAGCAGCGACGCGUCACGACGACGACGAUGAUCGUCGUGCGCCAAGUGUCAACGCUCGUCAUCGUACCAUUAUCAUCGCUACUCCACGGCCGCGGGAUCACCGCGAUCGCGUCGAUCUUUCCCUUCACCUACGCUCGCCUGUCUUCUUCUACGGCCGCUCUACCGCCAACGCUCGCGCGCUCGAUUCACCGCCGCCAGUCUGCCCAUCGCCUUCUUCGCCCGCCUCGUCUACCACGAGACGUUUCACGAACCGCCGACGACCGUGAGAUAUGGAGCGCACUGUAAGCUGCAUACGCGACUCGAGAGAGAUCGAUUCCCGUGCGAGUGUCGUUCUCGCGGUAAGAACGGGGCAUUCUCGUCGGAGCUUCCCGAGGCGCUCCUCCUGAGGACUCCGCCGAACAACGGACAUCAUCGACGGUAUGCGAGAAAGCGCGCGCUCUCCUCCUUGCUGAUACCCUUCUCGCGCUCGCGCGAGUCGCAGUUCCAUUCGUCCCCCGCGGGCGAACGGAGAACAGGAGAGAAAACGCGCGGCGCUUUGUGUGUAGCCCUCGCGACGCUGGAUUCGAGGACCUGCAACGAGAGAGAGAAAGAAAAAAAGAGAGAGAGAGGACGUAAUCAACCCUGCCCCGACAAAUUCGCGCGCGCUCCUUUCUUCGCGCGUACGCGCCGUAAACGCGUGCGCGCGCGCGAUAACUUACUUGUUAAUGUUGUUAUAAUACUGAAAAUACUGUUGUUGUUGUUUAGUUGUAGAGCUCGCCGCCGCUAGUCACUUCCCCCUCGCCUUCCACCCUCCGCCUCUCUUCUCCCUCGCACCCGUUACCAAUCCUCCCCCCCUCCCCCCUACUGCCCAUCUUUUUAUCCAUAUUCUCCUUGCC